AUGGCCCAGGACUGCGACAGCUCUGUGACCGGUACGACGGCCGCGACAGCCCGGAGCAUCGACCUGUCGGAGAGCGCGGAUGCGCCGACACCGGCAGCCAAGCGACGACGCAUAGCCCUGGCCUGUUCGGCCUGUCGGAUCCGAAAAUCGAGGUGUGAUGGUGUACGGCCGCGCUGCGAGCCCUGUCAGCGACUGGGCUUUGAGUGCAUCUACGAGCUGCCCGACACGUCAGCGAAUCUGGUGGUGCCAAAAGACCUCUUUGCCGCCCUCGAGGACCGGGUCCGCCGGGUGGAGCAGUCGCUCAAGGUGCAUGACGAGCGGCUGGCCGUGGUCGAGACGGCCGGUCCGUCAUCGUCGUCGUCGUCGGCCCUGCGACCGGGCAUCGGCCAUGCGGCCAACGGGAUCGUCGUGGACGUGGAUGGGAUCCAGGACGCGGCGGCGGACCAGAGCAUGACGGACGGGAUGGCCGUCUCGUUUGUGGACGAGCAGGACUGCGGCUUCUUCGGGCCGUCGUCCAACAUUGCCUUUAUGCGACACAUCUUCCGGGCGAUGGCACACAAGACGGUGCCGGACGUGGUGCUGUCGCCCAUCGCAGGAACUGUGUCCUCGUCACGUGCAGGUCCGUACGAGUCUGGCCUGAUCAAUGUGUCGCAGUCACAGGCGCACAACCUGGCGCUGCAGGCGGCUCCGGAUCCGGCAGCCAUGCGGACCAACGUAUUGCCGCCCGACGGCGAGACGCAGGCGCUAAUCCGGGCCUAUUUUGCCAAUACUGGCCUGCUCUUCCCCUACAUCCACGAGCAGAGCUUCCUGGAGACGUACGAGAGCAUGCGCCAGACCGGCUUCCGGGCCAACGUGCGGCGCACCUGGCUCGGCCUGCUCAACAUGGUCCUCGCCAUGGCCGUACGGACGGCCGGAGCCGAGCGAGGCGAUGCCGCACGAAGUGAGACCAACCAAGCCAACACACACGAGCGAAGCGAGGCCAGCAGAGCGGACCUCUUUUGUGAUCGUGCCCGCGAACUCUGCAAGACCCAGACUAUGCGCGGCACCACGCUCGAGACGGUCCAGUACCUCCUGCUCACCAGCCAAUACCUCCAGAGCACCCAAAAAUCCGUCCAGACAUGGACCACCCACGGCCUCGCCGUCAAGGCUGCCCUCUCCAUCGGCCUGCACUCACGUGAUGCCAUGGCCAAGCUGCCGCCCAUCGAGCAGCAGACCCGCACCCGCACCUGGUUCGGCUGCGUCCUGCUCGACCGCAGCCUCAGCAUGACCUUUGGCCGUCCGGCCGCCAUCCCGGACGAAUACGUCCGACUCGACCUGCCCGUCUCGUUGGCCUGGCGUGGCGGUGCUGCCGAUGAGCUUAGCCGCACGAGCACCGCUUUUUAUAAUGCGACUAUCCUCCUCUAUCGCAUCCUCUGGAAGGUCAUGGCCACCCUCUACGGCCAUAACCUCGGCUGCGAUUCUGCCCCAUCCGAGACCGUCACCAUCACCCAGAUCUUCCAUCUCGAGCAGGAAUUGGGCGAUUGGCAAGCUGCCCUCCCUCCUCUGCUGGCCCUCGUCUCGCCGGCCGAUCUGGCCGAUCUGGCUGACCGACGGGAAACCAUCCCUGCCGCCAACCCGACCACACCCUCCCCUGCGUCCGAUCCCAUCGAUGACCCCGUCAUCCUGCGCUUCCGCGUCAUCCUCACGCUGCGCCACCUCAACCUGCAGCUGCUUCUGCACCGCCCCAUGCUGACGAACUCGCUGAGUGCUGUCGCCCGUGGCGCCGCGGCUCCGUCUGCCCGCUCCCGCCGUCCCGGCCACCACAUGCAGAUGAGCUUCAACCUGACCUGCGUCCGUGUCGCCGAGGACAUCAUCGACCUGAUCCAUCUCAUCUUCACCCGGCCUGCCGGCCUCGGUCGUCGCCUCACCGGCGCCUGGUGGUUCACCCUCUACUAUACCUUCAACGCCGCGCUCGCCGUCUUUGGUAGCCUCCUGCUGCCCGAGGACGACCCCUCCGUCGACCCGACCCUGCGCUCCGAUCGGCCGGAUCGCCCCGAUCGCACAGACCGCACAGAUCGCGGCGCCCGCUUCCUUGCCAAGGCCAUCGACGCGCUCGUCUGCCUCGACGCCGGCAACACCAUCGUCGAUCGCUGCGUCGACUACCUCCGCCAGCUCGUCGGACUCGUCCACAGCUGGGGCUCUGCCUCGUCCCCCCAGACCGCUCUGCUCGCUGGACUGGUUGCCUCCAUGGACGCCGCCCCCGAUGGCCACGAGAACGAGCACGCCCACUCUCACUCGUCCGACCUCUUCACCCCUAUCCCGCUCUUCGCCCAAACUUCGUCCGGGCUCGAGGACGAGCUUGAGCUCGGCCACUUCUUCACCUCCGAGUUUCAGCGCUGGUUCGAGCGCAUUCUGCCCCGAGUACCUGUCCUGGCCUUGCUGGCCGACAUUGGCAACGCCGAGCCACACCAGGCCGACAUGGCCGCUUUUCUCGACCGGCAGCUACGCCAGUUCCAGGCCGUGCUGCUUGUCCCUGGAAACCACGAGGCCUAUCAUUCGACCUGGCCCCGAACCCUCGCCAUCCUGCGAUCGCUGGAAGAGGGCGUCAAGGUGCGACGCGUCGCUGGCGAUGCUGCGUUGGGGGAGUUCGUGGUGCUCGACCGUGACAUGUACCGCCUUCCUGGCUCCAGCGGUAUCGUCGUCCUCGGCUGCAGUCUCUUCUCGUAUGUGCCACCCGAGCGUGCCAUGGCCGUCAGUAUGGGCAUGAACGACUUUUACCAGGCUGCCGGCUACGACAAUGAUAAGACCCUCUGGGCGGAAGAGUGA